AUGUCAUCGCCCGAAAUUGCGGCGCCAACGUUGCGCAGCGAAGUCUUCAUGUCGCCAUACAAGCUGAUGGCGCGACAACGCGCGGCAGCUCAAGCCCCGAGGACCCCCGGCGUCAGCGUCCAGACGCCGGCGACGGCAAAGAAGUCGCACGACGUUUUUGCUUCGGCGAGGGGGGAUGAAGGGGCUGGCGGUGCAGCAGCAGCAGGCGAGGCGAGGCGUGGCAGACCAAAGUACGAAAUCGACUGGGAUAGCGACGAGGACGGAGACGAUGACCUGUACGCGGGCAUGAGCCCACCCAAGACGAUUCAGUUUGUGCUGCCGCCGUCCAAGUUGCUGCAAACGCCAGCUCGGGAGGCGAGCCGGAGGAUCGUGGAUGACAUAUUGAUGGAUGCCGGUGCAGACAUGGAGUCGUCCGAGUACAGUCCGACAAUGGUCAAGAUGAAUGAGGAUAUACUGAAUGACAGUUUCUAG